AUACCGAGACGCGCGCGACGACGUAGACGAUGUCUUCCUCGGCGCCUGUUAUGGAGACGACCUCUGUGGGCUACUACAUCGUCGGGAAGUACGUCCAAGUAUUCAUCAAGGAGCACGGCUUGGUCACGGGUCUCGUGAACGAGUACAUCCCCCUGGUGGAGACGUACGAGCUCGUCUUCGACUUCGGCACCACGUACAUGAAACUAGAGCCGCCCGUCUAUGUAUUGAACGGCCCAGUCGUAACCAAAAUGUACGACACCGACUCCGACGACGAGUUACAGGCCGCCGCGGGCCGGCUUCUGGCCCAGCCGGCCGAGGACGGGUGGAUCAAACCCACCGAGGCGCUACUCGCAGCGAAGGAGCAGAGCCCCUUCUUCUGGCCGUCCGCGGGGGCCGGGAAGUUGUCGGUCGCGGACGAGGAUGGGUGGUUCCAGCCCAACAUAUUUUUACAGAGGGAGAGACAACGCCCCUCCAUCAAAGACGGCGGCGACGUCGUCGUCCAAGUCCCGGGCAAAGCAGCUCUCGUCCGCGGCAUCCUGGAGUCCUCCGAGGACGAGGACGAGGACGUCGAAGAAUUAGUGGAGAAAGUGCAAACAAUGAAGAAGCCGGCGUUGCGCGCGGCGUGCACCAAACACGAGCUCUGGAGCUCCGAACUGGUGCAAGCACGUGCGACGGUGCCCGAGAUGAAGGAGGCCCUAGUUAGGUUUCUCAAGACCGGAGAGAAGGGUGCCAAGUCGGAACACACUCAGAAGGCCGAGGAAACCAGUAAAGCCACGGCUGCGUUCUUCCAAUUAGCAAGUGUUGUGGCCAUCACUUCUACAAUCAGCAAUUUCAAUCCCAAGAACAAAGAUCAUGCGGAAUGCUUCAUGAAGCAGUAUCGCAAAAAACAUGGUAAAGGUCCGACUCAGAGCAGAAAAUAAACUUGAACGUGAUGCGGUCGCCGCGACGCGUCGAGCGCGGUCCUAGGAGCGUCUGCACGCGUCGUGAGACGCGGUCGUCGCGACGGCCUUCGACGUGGCCGCCGUGAUGGCGUCGAGCGGGUCGCGAGAAUAUUGUGAUUCGUGAGACGCGACCGCGAGAGCGCCUACGCGCGUCGCGAGGGCUGAGGCGGUCCGGGAACGCUUCGUUCCGCGCGCAGGUCCUGCCAAUAGGUGUGACGCCGUGUCCAUCAACGGCCAGUUGUGGAACAUGAGCCUCUAUAGUAGAUGUGGGCUGCUUCUGGAGCGGGCCAAGGAGCGGCGCGCUGACAUGACGUCCGAGAAGCGCCAGGGAGUUAGAGACGCCUUCAACAAGUAUCAUCACGAGGUCACGAAACCGAAGCGGGCCCGCGAGGGCAAGCCUUUGCGCAACGCCGGUGCUGGUAGUCCUAAAGCCAGUGCUGCCAUGGACUGGGAGGUCAACAAGAUUUGCCAAGAGAUGUGCAAUGAGGGCGAUGACGAUUUAGCGUUCGACUUGUACUGGGGGGUCGCUGGCGCGCCGUCGAUAGAUCCCAAGGAAAGGACCUUUGGUUGUCGUGAUGCUCUUUUCGCGGCGAUGGCGUUGUUACUCGUUACUGCCUACGCUUUGAACUUGGGUCUGGCCAUCGUCGAUGGCGAGGGCCCUACUAUUGGAGACAUCGCUAUGUUUUAUGAAAUUGGCGGGUGCUGGGGUUAUUUUCAGGACGGUAUGGAGAGCGUCGUCACCGAUUUGUUAUCUUCUCGCUAUCUUCCAAAGACGCCCCAUUUCUUUGAUGGGGGCCGCACCUACAACUUCCGCACCCCAUUAGCAGACAAUCGCGCCGGAGAAUUGGGCGGCUUCUUCUCGCAGCUAGGCGCCUGGCUCGCGAAGGGCGGCUCCAUUCUCGGUUUCUGGGGCGGCGGCGAUGGUAAAUUCAUCGACGCUCAUCAUCACUCGAAUGCUACUGUCCUCAAUCUAUUGCUCGUCAUGCGCUUCAUCCUCGGCCUCGAAUUGAACGGCGCCGUCCCGGUGGGCCACCCCCUUUACUUAUGUCGCGACGGUAUCAGUCUCUCGACCGAUUUAAUUGGACGCGUCUUCUGCCCCAAGCUCGCCCAGUCCGAAAAUUUCAAGCCACACUUCGGCGACUACGACGCCGUCGUGACGCGAAUUUUUGUUUGCGGUGUUUUAGCGGCGCGCCAGCGGGCCCUCAAAAACCCGUCGCGCAAGUUAAUCUGGAAAGGAAAGGAGUUGGACGUGGUCGCGUUGCGCGCGGCCUGGGAGUCGUCCAAGUACUCCGACUACAAGACCAAGCGACGAAACAAGCGCCGGCGCACGUGAGCGUCAUGGCCUUCGGUUUCUGAAUUCGCGGAGCUAUUUUCAUGCGUUGUCAUUACAUCGAAUUGAAGCUCAAAUUAGAUCAUCCGCGACGUGCGUUUCACGUCGCGACGGCAGCCGCUCCGUUCGCGCUGCCGCUCUUAGCGGCCACGUCGGGCCUUCGUCGUUGGCGCUGAGCAUUCAAUAGCGCGGAGGAUACCGCGUAAAACCUAUAUUAUA